UUUGCAGAUGGUAAAAAUGGAACCAUGUAGUGAUCUUGACAGACAAAUAGAACAGUUGAGAAGGUGUGAGCUUAUCAAAGAAUCUGAAGUGAAAGCAUUGUGUACUAAAGCUAGGGAAAUCCUGGUUGAUGAGAGCAACGUUCAGCAAGUUGAUGCACCUGUUACGGUUUGUGGAGAUAUCCAUGGCCAGUUUUAUGAUCUCAAGGAGCUCUUCAAAGUGGGAGGGGAUGUCCCAAACACCAACUAUUUAUUUUUAGGAGACUUUGUAGAUAGGGGUUUUUAUAGUGUGGAAACUUUCUUGCUUCUACUAGCCUUGAAGGUGAGAUAUCCUGACAGAAUCACCCUGAUUCGAGGGAAUCAUGAAUCAAGGCAGAUCACUCAGGUUUAUGGAUUCUAUGAUGAGUGCCUCCGCAAGUAUGGGUCAAUCACUGUGUGGCGGUACUGCACAGAAAUUUUUGACUAUUUGAGUCUUUCAGCCAUCAUCAAUGGAAAGAUCUUCUGUGUUCAUGGAGGUUUAUCACCAUCCAUUCAGACUCUGGACCAAAUCAGACUUCUUGACAGGAAACAGGAAGUGCCUCAUGAUGGACCUAUGUGUGACCUGCUGUGGUCUGACCCUGAGGACACACAAGGAUGGGGAGUGAGCCCAAGGGGUGCUGGUUAUCUCUUUGGUUCUGAUGUUGUAGCUCAAUUCAAUGCAGCCAAUGACAUAGAAAUGAUCUGCAGAGCACAUCAACUUGUGAUGGAAGGCUACAAAUGGCAUUUCAAUGAAACUGUCCUCACUGUAUGGUCUGCCCCCAAUUACUGCUACAGAUGUGGUAAUGUAGCAGCAAUACUGGAGCUUGAUGAAAACCUCCAACGUGACUUCACGAUAUUUGAAGCAGCACCACAAGAAUGUCGAGGAAUCCCUUCCAAGAAACCUCAACCAGACUAUUUCUUGUGAGUUGUGUGACCAGGACAUAUAAGUCAUGAAUGCAACCGACAUGUCUUUCUUGUGCUUCCAUAUCUUGAGAGUUCUCACUCGGCCUACCGAGCGAAAGUGUCAUGAUGGCUCUUCAUCUCUAAGGACCAAGGCAUUCUUCAUUACAUUGUGUUCAGGUAUUCUGAAAUCGAAUAGGUCUUUUUUUCCCCCUGAAUAUACUGUUCAAUAGGGUAAGAAUGACUUUUUUGACCUACUUGGAAGAUUCAUUCAUGAGAAGAUCACCACACUUCAUUUAUCACAUUUGAAUAUUUCAGUCAUGAUUUUUCCAUACCAUGUCCAAUAAAUGACAUUUUGCAUAAACCUUAAUGAAGGUAGAGCUUAGGCAGGACUUCUCCACACCGUGCAGAGACCUUAAGGUCAGCAAAGUGGUCAGCUCGAGUUGGGCCAAUGUUCACAAUUGCAAUUGGUAUACAAUGUUCUCUUGCUUGCAAUAAAAUCCGAUAGCCUGAGUAAACAUAUAGAGAUGAACCAGCAACCAGCACAGCAUCACUUUCACUCACCAAUGUUUUCACUUGUUCAACUCUUGCCUUUGGAACAUUAUCACCAAAGAACACAAUGUUGGGCUUCAUGAUUCCAACUUGACAAAUGCAACAGGAAGGGACCUUGAAAUUUCUCACCACUUCCUAUUGAAAUAGAGAGC